AUGUUCACCGCUUCGAGGCCUCUGCAGUCUGCCGCGGAUGCUGCGCAGCGCUGCCCGUCUCCGAUCUGCGGCUUCGGCACGCGCGCUCGCGUGGACUGCAUCCUGGGGAAUAUUCGCAUCCAGGAGUUUUUCUUCGCGAUCGAGGUGCUGCAAGGCAAGGUGAUGACGUUUGUCAACCAGAUCGCCGAGAUCGUGCACGGCGUCGUCACCGAGUUCCACGGCGCCGCCAACAAGAACAACGGCGAUACCUACCUCGUGGUCUGGACGAUUCUGCCCGACUCCGCGGACGAGGUGAAGCAGAGGAUGGCCGACAUGUCCGUGGUUGCGCUUGCGAGGAUCCUCGCUGCAGUCCACCGCUCUCCCUUGCUGGCCACCUACCGCGAGCACCCGGGCCUGCUGCAGAGGAUGGGCACCAGCUGCCGCGUCAAUGUGACCAGCGGCCUGCACUUCGGGUGGGCCAUCGAGGGCGCCGUGGGCAGCGAGUUUAAGAUCGACGCGUCCUACUUGUCGCCCAACGUGAGCAUCGCCGAGAGCAUCGAGCGGGCGACGAAGAUCUACGACGUGAGCAUCCUCCUGUCCGAGUCUGUCAUGAGGAUGUGCUCGCCCGGGAUCGCCGCCACGCUGCGGCUCAUAGACCGCGUCGUCAUAGCAGGUUCGCGCGACCCGUUCAACCUCUACGUGAUUGAUUUCGACGUCAGAAGUCUCACGGUGGAGCCGCCCACCAAGCAGUGGCUUUGGAACUCGCGGACGCGCUUCCGUGUGCGUCAGCAUCUAGAGAUGGAGAAGAACUUGAAGUUCCGCGAAGAGUUCGACUUGUUAGAGGUCCUGUUGAGGGAUCCCGACAUCGCGACGAUGCGGUUUCGGUACACGCUGGAGUUCACGCAGAUCUUCAACAUGGGCUACCAGAACUACUCGCAGGGCGAGUGGGCGACAGCGCAGCGCUUCCUGAGGCGCACCCACGAGAUGCUCGGGGUGAAG